GGUCAAAUCUAGUGGCGAAAGGUUGGGUGUCUUCUUUAGAAUUUUUGUGGUGCUGGUGUUAGUAGUAUUACCCUAAAAGGGUUUUUUCAUUUUCAAACAAAAAACACCAACAGAGAGAGAAAGAGAAAAAAAAAAAAACUUGAUAACUCAGAUAACAAUACUGAACAAGCUAGUUCCAAUUCCCAGAUAUAAAAAUUUAAUCUUUUAUUCACUUCUUCAUUUCAUGCAAUUUUUUCUUAUGGAUCCCUUUGAUUUGAUUCGUAAAGGGUUCGGAUGAAGCUGUUUGGAACUUGCUUUUACUGUCUUUGAAGUUCAUCUAUGUUUUAGUCGUUUUGUACGUAUUCUAGUUAAUAAUGAGUUUAUCCAAGAAAGGAGGAUCCCCGACAGACACAAAACUGAGCUCACCAAACAAGGCAACCUCAUUGAAUCCGAAUGCAGCAGAGUUUAUUCCCUUUUCACUCAGAUCACUGCCGUCUGGAAGUACUAGCUCGGUAGAUGCAACAACAAGGCUUACAACUGCUGGUUCUCUCGGGAAAGCAGUUUUAGAUCGAUCGGAAUCAUCCAUUUCAAAUAAUUCUGAUGACGAGGCCCACAAUUACUGGCGUUGUCAACUUCCAGAUGAUAUCACACCUGAUUUCAAGGUCAUUGAAGAAGAAGAACCCCAAGGUCUUAACAACCUCUCAUUCGCAGGCUUAUCUAUAAAUGACGAUAAUGAAUCGUCGAUGUUUUCUUCUGCUAAGGGAAGCAGAUAUAUACUAAACGAGCAGCAGGAAUUACCUCAACACCACCUUAAUGGAAAUACAUUUGCCGAUAAGUUAAGGUUUUCCAAUUCAACAUACCGGGAAGAACCAUCUUCGGCAAGCUUUUUGAAUUCAUUAGCAAAGCCUUGGGAAAGACCAGUUGGGAAUAACAACCUCCAUGUUAGCAGUGGUCAAGAGGCACUUGCCUAUGAUGACAAUGCUAGGCUUGGAUUCUUAAACGAUAACAACCUCCAUGUUGGCGGUGGUCAAGAGGCACUUGCCUAUGAUGACAAUGCUAGGCAUGGAUUUUUAAAUGAUGUUUUGACCGAGAAUGCUAUUGUGGAUGAGACUGAUUUUAACCCUUUGGAAUUUUUAGCUUCUCUAUUCCCUGGUUUUGCGUCAGAAAGCCUUGCUGAAGUGUUCUUUGCCAAUGGAUGUGAUUUACAUCUGACCAUUGAGAUGCUCACUCAGUUAGAGAUUCAAGUUGAUAGUAAUUUCAUCCAGAACCCAAGCCCAAAGACUCUGUCAUCUCCCAAUCUGACUCCAAUGGACUUUCCAGCACUUGCUCCAACAAACGGCCAGACUACUACUGCAAAAUAUGCUGCAGACAAUGUUCAACAAAGUGGCAGUCCUUACUUACCGUCUGGCAAAGACUUGCUCAUGUUCAAAUCGAGCUCUUCUAUUCCGACUAGAGGUGCUACCGACUUCGCUUCAGCUGUCAGGAAAUUAGCUUCUCAGGAUUCUGGAAUAUGGAAGUAUGAUAGAAAUGGUUCUGGUGAUGCUUCCACCGGAUCAAGUAGGAGUUUAAAUGUUCUAGCUAGUGCCUACAAUGGCGGACAGGGGAGAAAUAACUUUGGUGAUAGGUUACAAAACCGUGGAUCUGCUCGGCCAGCGCCUGUCUGGCUUGAAACCGGUGACGCUGUUGCAAAUAUGUAUUCUGAACUUCGGGAGGAGGCUCGUGAUCAUGCACGCUUACGUAAUGCAUAUUUUGAGCAGGCACGACAAGCCUACCUUAUUGGUAAUAAGGCCCUUGCAAAGGAGCUAAGUGCUAAAGGGCAACUGCAUAACAUGCAUAUGAAAGAAGCUCAUGGGAAAGCUCAAGAAUCUAUUUACCGCCAGAGGAACCCUGUUGGUCCAGAGAUGGUUAAUGGAAGAGGACAUGAGAGAAUGAUAGACUUGCAUGGACUCCAUGUAAGUGAAGCGAUUCACGUGCUGAAACACGAACUGGGUGUGCUAAGAAGCACAGCCAGAGCUGCGGAGCAGCGUUUGCAGGUUUAUAUCUGUGUUGGUACCGGUCAUCAUACCAGAGGUUCCCGCACCCCUGCAAGACUUCCGAUAGCUGUACAGCGUUAUCUACUCGAAGAAGAGGGUCUUGAUUUCACAGAACCACAGCCAGGCCUUAUUCGUGUUGUGUUAUAUUGAGCCAAUGAUAUGAAAACCGUAUACAAGUUUUUGACAGUGAAAAUCCAUGAACAUAGUGAUGUUGUAGUCAUUCUUGUAUUAUAUGGGAAGAAAUGGCAAUGGCCAACUGAAAAAAAAAUGGAAAAAAAAUCUUUAGAGGGUAAAAAUGGAAAAGAUUUAGAAGCAAAGAGAAGGGUUUGUAGUAGAAUUGUACCAUUAAGGUCUCAAUGAGGCAUAGUCAGCAGGAACACCACGUCAACAUUUUCCUUCUGUUAAUUUUGUACUCUAAUUUUCAUUUUGUUAAAUUCCUUUUUUGUUGUUUUUUAUUUUUUACUUUUUUUUAUUUUUAUUCAGAUGUAACUGAUAGAAUUCAAUUACAUGAUAGAACUAUUCACCAUGCCAAUUAGAUUCAAUGCCAAACAAUCUUCCACCUCGGAA